AGUUACUGUAAAAAAAUUAUAAUUGUAGUAUUUUCUUUGAURAAGCUAGGAUGACCACUUCUUAUAACCUGGAAAGUUUCACUAGSUCUGAUCUCUAGCUUCGAUCAAAAUCGAGUUUAUUGCAACAUGGGGAGGUGCCGUCAGAAUCGUAAUGACGGCGUUCGCGACAUCUUCCGGAUCCAACAGGUUUUCUCGAGUGAAUCCUUCACCGACGGGUUUUCCAAUAGCAACACCCAUUUCAUCCGCGGCUUCGCUAUCUGUGUUUUUCAAAAUAAGCUCCGUUCCUUUUACGUCUCCGGGCUGAAUAGUGUGUAGUGUGACUCCGGUGCCCACCAAUUCCCGUCUCGUUAUUUCCGUCACGGUUUCUACGAAUCUCUUGCUGGCACAAUAGACGGCAAGGUUUUUAAAAUCACGCACACCGGCGUCACUGCUGAUGGUGAUAAUUUUUCCUUUCUUCGCUUCCACCAUUUUGGGGAUGACGGCUCCCAUGCAAUUGGUAGGACCCCUGCAAUUUACAUCGAUGGUCUGGUCCCAUUGAUCCAUCAUGACAUUCUUCAUCUGGGUAAAAUACAUUACGCCGGAGCAGCAGAUCAUCGCGUCGACAGAUGCAGACGCAUAUUUUUCGCAGGCCUUGGCGCACAGGUUUUGAACGGACUCUCGGGACGUAACAUCGCAUUCCACCGCGAGGAUAUCUCCCCCAGAMUCGGGGUAUUUCUCCUUGCAUAUCUGGGCAACCUCUUCGAGUUUUCCUAGACGACGGGCCCCAAUGCAGACGUUUGCGCCCGCGCGAAAGAGUCCUUCGGCGAUCGAGGCUCCGAUUCCGGAACUAGCACCUAUGAGGCAAAUGACUUGGUUGGAUAACAUGUUGUUGGAAAUGCUUUUCGUUGAUGUAAUUUGAGAAGUGAGCUGCAUUCGUUUGGUGGGAGAGAAAAGGAGCCUGGAGAAGCAGGGGUUCUAAAUUCAUGACCCCUGGAGAAAAAACAACGUACGAUACUGUACGCUACGGUACGGGAACUCUUGAUCACCUCAUACCCAGUCGUAKCGUAUCGGCAGGUCAUUCAGUAAAAACCAUAAGUACCGUACGUACCGUGCUUGCGAAUGUCCCCGUCGUCAUUUUUUUAACGAAAUAGUUUCGUGUAGCGUACGUACGGUACGGUACUGUAUUACUGUAUUACUGUAUUCAUACUUUAAACUACAGUACAGUACGUACGGGUAAUACGUACCAAGUACUAUUCGGGUUUUUGGUUCAAAAGAUUUCUGCGAAAAAUGAUUUGGUAGAAACGGACGAAGGAAGAACAUCUUGAUUUCAACCACCAAAAACUGCUCUCUUCAUUACAGUUCACGCGGCAUUUCUUCUUUCAUACCGACUCUUUCGGAAAGAAAAAAUCGAAGAAAAAUAAUAGACGUACCCUCUUUUCUCUUGUCGAAGACACAUUGGAGAUACCCGGCCGUUGCUAUCAUUACCAUAGACCCACACCAUGAGACUUCUGACCCACAAUACCAUGCGCAACAAYACAGCCGAGGCGAAAGGUAAAGGCUUUCCGCUGAGGAUCACGGCAGCCGAGGUCAAGGUGAUCGACAAUCCCGACGCGGGCGCUUCGGGCGUGAGAGACAUUAAUUUCGUCAAAAAGAUGCUACCGAUUCUCGAAUGGCCCGCCCUUGUCCAGGCUGCUUCGGAAAUGGGGAUAUCGACGCUACCUACAACGCUCACGACCGACCUGGCAGAAUCCGAACCUUUUUUACAGGCCCUCUAUCACAUACUGAUGAAUGUUCACCUGAUGAAAGGGAUGCUGACCUGCCCUGCAACCGGAAGAGAAUUUCCCGUCACUGAUGGUAUUCCAAACAUGAUGCUCGAGGAAGAAGAGUGCGAACGAGUUCGCCUCUGAGAAGAUGUCGAGAUGACAGACCAACUCUUUGGUUUUAAGUUCACUCGUUUCGGGAACCAUAUUCGGUACAAACAUGUCAAACUCAACGAGGAAUCGUCCCUGUAUUCUCUUUCAGAUAUGACAAAACGACCACUUUCCUUGGACGGGUGAUGUAUUAGACACGAAUACGAUUUGUAGUUGCCUUCGCAUGUCCCAAAAAAAAAUUGACUUCUGCGUUGCACGUCCUGAUAGCUGCCGGGCUCCGGGAAGGAAUAAGGCUUGAUGGUAUCGGUAGUAUUUAGUGAAAGCUGUGUUCGAUGUACUGAAUCAAAAAAGGACUCGCCUGAAUUUUUCCGUUCUUAAUUCUUUACAACAGGAUAAUUUCGAAGAAAAAACUUGGUAAAGAGCUCUAAUUGUACCACGAAUAAGCUGCCAGGAAGAGAAACGAAAUGGAAGCGCCUGACGACUUCGACUAGAAAAGAAAGACAUGCCAGUAAUGCUGACUUCUAACUAAGAAAGAUUUUCAYUUUUU